CAACGCUUACUUCAAGGCCACCACCACAAAAUCGUUGUAUACAAGCAUGGCGCGUAGGGAUAGAUCAUAUUCUCCGGACACGUCAAACAAAAGGGUAAGACCAUCUCACCGUUCACCCCGGUCCCCUUCGCCGACCAGGCGGAAUACCCAAAGACCUAGCAGGAGAUUCGACGACGAACGUGAUAGAGAACGUGAUCGCCCGAGAGACCGGGACAGGGAACGUGAUAAAGACCGCUAUCGCGACGACAGGCAUCGCGAUGAUAGAUACAGAGACGACAGGCGCCGAGAAAGUUACAGAGACGACAGAAGAGAUGACCGUCGGCGUUCCCGCUCACCUGACCGCAAAGACCGGGACCGACGACCGCUUUCCCCUCCUCCAAAACCUCAAGCAACCUCAAGUGCCGCGCAGACUCCUCCACCCGAGGAUGAGAAACUCAAGGCGAAGAGGGCAAAGCUGGAGGCUUGGAAGAAGGACCGCGAAGCCAAGAAGGCUCUUGACGAAGCUAAAGUCAAAGCCAUGGCUCUUGCAGGCAAAUCCGCACCAGUUCCUGCUUCGACCACAACACUUGCCAAACCUGGGACUUCCUUAAAUCGCGCAGCUCUUACAGGUCUAGGGCUCAAAGGUCUCCCCCUCAAGCCUGAAGUUCUCAAAGUAUCAAAGGGUGCUGCAGCUAUGGAUGAUUCCGAUGAAACCAAGCAGCGGAAGCUCGAGACCCUUGGCGAUAUGCCUGCUGUGGACAUGACAAUGGCAGAUGGAGAAGCUAGCGUUGGUGACCUUGAAGUUGACGACGACGACGAAGAGGCGAAUAGGAUGGACCAGGCUAUUAAGAGCAAGGCUGCAGACGCCAUGGACGAGGACGAGGACGCCAUGGACCCCCUCGAUGCCUUCAUGUCGGGUGUAUCGGUUGAAGUGAAGAAAGUCGAUGAAGAAGACUUGAAGAAAAUGACCGGCGGCAAAGGCAUAUCCCGUGGACCUCUCGCCGAACGUAUGGGUGACGAUGGCGAGGAUGAAGUCGUUGAUGUCGUGGUGGAGGAUGAGCUUGAUACCACCGAUCUUAAUCCUGAAGACAUCCUUGCUCUUGCAGCUAAGAAGGCAAAGAAGAAGGAUAUCGCCGCUGUUGACCAUUCUCGUGUCAAUUAUGAGCCGUUCCGGAAGGAAUUUUAUAUUCCUCCUCCCGACAUUGCCGCUAUGACAGACGAGGAAGCUGACCUCUUGCGCUUAGAACUUGACGGCAUAAAAAUCCGUGGCAUUGACUGCCCGCGGCCGGUGACGAAGUGGAGUCAUUAUGGUCUUCCAGCCAGUUGUUUGGACGUAAUCAAACGCCUCAACUAUACAGCACCGACCGCUAUUCAAGCUCAGGCUAUCCCUGCAAUCAUGUCUGGUCGCGACGUCAUUGGUGUGGCAAAGACAGGUUCAGGCAAGACCAUUGCAUUUCUUCUUCCUUUGUUUCGUCACAUCAAGGACCAGCGGCCCCUAGAGCAGAUGGAAGGCCCCCUUGCCAUCGUUAUGACCCCUACUCGUGAGCUGGCAGUGCAAAUUCAUCGAGAAUGCAAGCCAUUCUUGCGAGUGAUGAACCUUCGCGCUGUGUGCGCGUAUGGUGGCUCCCCCAUCAAGGACCAGAUUGCUGAGCUGAAGAAGGGUGCUGAGAUCAUCGUGUGCACACCUGGUCGCAUGAUCGACCUCCUCACUGCCAACUCUGGCCGGGUCACAAACCUCAAGCGUGUCACUUACGUCGUUCUUGACGAAGCUGAUCGCAUGUUUGACAUGGGUUUCGAGCCCCAAGUCAUGAAGAUUAUCAACAACAUUCGACCUGACCGCCAAACAGUCCUCUUCUCUGCGACGUUCCCCAAACAAAUGGACUCUCUCGCCAGGAAAAUAUUACAGAAACCUCUUGAAAUCACUGUUGGAGGGCGAUCUGUGGUCGCCGCGGAGAUCGAGCAGAUUGUCGAAGUGCGUCCUGAGGAGUCCAAGUUCAAUCGACUCUUGGAUAUCCUGGGGCAGAUGUACAACGAAGACCCAGAGUGCCGUACUCUCAUCUUUGUCGACAGACAGGAAGCUGCUGAUAACCUACUCCGCGACCUCAUGCGUAAAGGGUACUUAUGCAUGUCUCUGCACGGAGGCAAAGACCAGGUUGAUCGUGACUCCACCAUUGCCGACUUUAAAUCCGGAGUUGUUCCCAUCGUCAUUGCCACUUCUGUCGCUGCCCGUGGGCUGGAUGUCAAACAGCUUAGGCUCGUAAUCAACUUCGACGCACCUAAUCACAUGGAAGACUACGUUCACCGUGCUGGUCGUACGGGGAGAGCAGGUAAUAAAGGCACAUGUGUUACAUUCAUCACUCCUGAACAAGAAAGAUAUUCUGUUGACAUUUACCGCGCGCUCAAGGCAAGUAAUGCAACUGUUCCGAGUGAGCUUGAGGAAUUGGCCAACGGCUUCUUGGAGAAAGUCAAGUCUGGAAAGGCGCAAGUCGCAGGGUCAGGCUUUGGUGGGAAAGGUCUUGAUAGGCUCGAUAAGGAGCGUGAGGCCAAAGAUCGGGCAGAGCGGAAAGCCUACGGUGAACCCGAAGAAGAGAAGGUGGAUGAAGCUGUCAAGACCCCUACCACUGCUGGUGACGAUAUGACGUUCGGUAACUUCAAAGUCGAAAUCAAGCGUGGUCCCGCUCCCGAUUCUUCGAAGGGCUUACUUGGAGUGGCCGGAGCUGCUGCAGCUGCCAGGCGUCUCGCACAUGCGAAGGAAGAGGAGAAGCUUCAAGCGUCACUCAAGGCUGCUCAGGACGCUGCUGCUCGUGCAGGGAAAGACACAGCCGCGCACAAGCAAGCCCUCAGUGUCAUCGCAAAGCUGAACGCGCAGAUGAAGGCAACGAGGCUGGUCUUGCAGUCUCAGAUCCAGGCAGACGAGAGCGGUCUCAGGAAAGCAAACCCCGAUUCCACGGACUUCCACGCGAUCAUACCUAUCAACGACUACCCACAAAAGGCGAGAUGGCGGGUUACCAACAAGGAAACCAUGGUUCAGCUCAUCGAUAUGACAGGCGCAUCAGUUACCAACAAAGGUAUAUAUUACGAAUCUGGGAAGGAGCCUCCUCCGGAAGGACCGCCCAAACUCCACCUACUGAUCGAGUCCAACGAGGAAUACAGGGUGGAACAAGCGGUUCGGGAGAUCAAGCGUUUGCUCAUCGAAGCGUCUGCUGCAGCAUUGCAAGCAGAGAUGCGGAAUCCUACCGCAGUCGCUGGGAGAUACAGUGUUGUGUAG